UUCAAGAUGGCGAUCACUAGAGGGUUAGGACGUGUUGUCUCUGUGUUGGUAUCCAUAGCAUUUGUUGUUUUAACUAAUGGUUACACACCAAAACGACAGUUAAACACAUACCUGAACCCAGACUGUACUGAUGAGUGCGGAGGGGGACUGGCCUAUGUAAAGGCAAGGGGUGAUGAAGACACCUUACACUUUGUGUUCACCACUGUGGGAACUCCCACCGCACUGGUGAUCCGGACCAACACACUAACAGAUAGAGAACAUGACAAGCUGAGUUUCAACUGGGACAAACUGCGUUCAAAUGACACAGCCGGAGCUAUUUUCGCCAAAAAUCCUCUCACUAAAGUUCUCUAUUCUUAUGGCAUCAUAUUCACAAGGUUAUUUCAGUACAAUGACACUUCAGACGAUGCAGACCUCUCCCACUACAGCACAUCUGGCCCUGAGCUGACGGUGUACGAUUUCCUAGCUGAUGACACAGAGUGGGAGAAUCUGAUGGACACUUCAUCAGAUGAACUUAUAGUAUUAAAGAUCCACCAGACGGAUCCCACUAAAUCAACUGUCAUUGUUAACGGCUCCCUAACAAUACAGUUCCACCUGUUUGACCACGGUGAUAGAUCAGAUGACCUCCCUCAUCUGGAAUACAAUGAGGAUAUCACACACUUUGACUUCAUUCUCCACGAUAUUGACACAGGAAAUAUGUCUAAUGCCCGCUACGGUGUGGAGACAAUCUUCUUUAGUAUGGACACAGACAAAGGUGAUAUGGCUAUAGAGGAUGUCAAGUCUAUUGAUGACGAGUACUCGCCGGGUGUAUUUUCUAUAAACAACUUGGUAAGUCGACCAGCAGAAAAAGCAAACGGUGGAUUCCUACAAUGGAAGCCAAUCUGUUAUAUGAAGGCGACCAGGUCUCGCGCCGCAGGAACUGCUGUGAAGAAGUAUGGUCCACAAACUCUGACAGUGGCAGAAAAAAUGUCCACAAAUUUUAUCAACAACAGUAUAGCUUAUGCUUUUUAUAAAGCAGAUAAAAUUGGUGAUGUUAAAAUGACAUAUUCCAAUUUCUCUUUUGGGCUUUCUAAGGAUGGAUUCUUCACCAAGAAUAACUACACAGCAUGGACGGGAUCACUAGGCUAUGGGGUUCCUCCGGCAGACAAAAUAUCCACACUUGUGAUCGGGGUGAUAUCUGCAGGUCUUGGUCUUCCUAUUGUCCUCAUGGUCUUUGGUGGUGUUUUUGUGUGUGUGAAGAAAAGGUUUCGUAAAUCCACUUCCCCAAGCUUCUCGGAGAACAGGAUCAACUAAGAAAGCUGGUAUAUGACGUAGUAGUGAGUGAUCUUUGAUAUCUAUAGUAAAUGACUGUGUCAAAUACCACAUCUGAUAGAGUGAGAGAUAUCUUGUGUAUAAUGAGUAUGUGCGAGACUGCGAAUGUCUGGAAGAAAACAAAAGUUUAAAUGAAAAAUGUAUAGGCAAUGUUAUUAAGGGCUAUUCAAGUAAAAAGUAUGUAUCACAUAGGAGGACUCCGGAAAUAAAGAUGUUCUUUGCAUGGAGGUCGCAGGAGAAAAUAUGUUUAUUUAUAUAGAACUGUUUAAAAGAAAUCAUUUUUUUAAUUCCUUCCUGUUGACAAACCUAACAUGUCCUAGAUGUAUUACUGGAAUAGCCCUAAUGUUCAUUCCAGUGCCAAAUAAAUAUUUUUUUAGACAUAACAAUGAGAUUGUUUACAAACUACAUACAUGGAUUUGCCUAUUGUAUUUAGAUGGUAGUGUCCUGUAUCUAUCUGACAAUAAGAAUGUGCCAUGAGCUGAUAUCAGAAUACAUUGUAUAUAUUGUAAAUGAAUUAUGUUUGUCAAUUGAUUUCAAAUACUCACUGUUUCAUCCAUUGAUUGUGUUCUUGUACAUUCAUGAUAAUUUAAUAUUAAUGAUUGCUCCCAUAAGUUUAAUGAAUUGUGUUCUGUGAAAAAAUGAAAAUGGAAAGAAGCGAGUAUAUUUUUAUUAAAUGUAUGUUUGAAUUAUACAGCAUGGUGAGCAAGAGAGUUGUGCAUUUGAAAAUGUAAAAACUUUUUUUUUAAUGUUGCAGACCAUAGUAGCUGGGCCUGGCCAUUUGUGAUAUUUCUCUACCAUAAUCAACCCCUUUGUUAAGGGUUGUAUCAAAAUUUUAAAGUAAUAUCUUUACUAAAAUUUGUAAAGUCGUUUUGAAGUGAACAGUGUAUGUCUUAACAUUUUUCAAGAUAUAAAACUUGUAUUUGAUCAGAGAUUGAAUUUUGGCCAGCCUCAAAUCUUUACAAGUAGUCAAAUUUUCCAACCUCCAAUUCAUGAGAACUUUGCAAAAAAAAAAACGAAUGUUGUACCUAUGUUGAAUUAUCAGUUUUUCUAUUAACAUGAAAUUGUUGUUUGAUUUUAGACAAGUGUUCGAAAAAAAUUUUCCUGGAUAUGUUUUUCACAGAUUUUGUAUAUAUAAUGAAAAAUACCUUUAAACACAGUUUUCACUUCUUUAUAAUUACCAUCGCAACUAUGAUGUAGCUUAUAAAUACCUUAAUAAGCAUGACCAGUUAUUCUGGAACAUUUAAAUCUAUAAGACAUACUAUGGCCACUUAUUUUAUCAAAAACCGACCAAGCUACUGUACCCUGCUACCUUACAAAUUGAUAUAUUUUUGUAGAUAAACAGUAUGUGAUAUGAGCAAUAGAUCACCAAUUUAUUUCUUGCUUGUAGAAAUAUGUACCGAAAGACUGUGAUAUGAUGUACAUGUAUGUAAAAAUAGUUAAUAUGUGUUUAUAAUAAUAAUAUAACUGAACAUUUGUCAAGACAGAGAAAAUAAAAGUUUAAUUUCAUAAUUUACGUCAUUAUUUAAAAUUUCAAGUUUUUAUAUAUAUUGUCUACACGAUAGAGCAACUAUGCAUAUGUUGUAUUAAGGCAUUAUUUUCUCACCUGAAGGUUCAUUUUAAUUUUUCUUUAUUAAAGUUUGAAACUUUGAAACUAUUUGAUAUCCCUAAGAAAGUCCUUACAGUUGGCAAGUGUGACAAAAACUGUAUCUAACUGGUGGAAAUAAUAAACAAAUUUCAGUUACAUUAA